UGAUAGAACGCCCGUCUACGGGCAGCAUAAGCAGUCAAAACGGUCAGUAGUAAACUCAGAAGCGCGUUUGGAAAUGUUUUUAACAUUUACGAUGUCGUUUUUCGUGACCAAGUACACGGGUCUUCACCGUGUCUUUCGUUUAGGGACAUAUGUAAGCAUAAAGCAGAUGCAGCCUGCGUGUGGGCAUGAAAGAAGGUAUACCAGCACAUCUGAAGAAAAUAGAAGAAUUGCCAAGAUAUACACGAAAACUGGAGAUAAAGGUUUUUCCAGUACCUUCACAGGUGAGAGGAGACCAAAGGAGGAUCAUAUAUUUGACGCUUUGGGAACAACAGAUGAAUUAUCAUCAGCAAUUGGGUUAGCCAGAGAAUUUUGCAUUGACAGUGGCCAUUCAUUCACAGAUCAGCUGGAGAAGAUCCAGUGUGUACUACAGGAUGUAGGGUCAAAUAUUGCCACUCCCCAGUCAUCAGCUAGAGACAGUCACAUCAAGAAGACUAUGUUCAGCUCUCAGGCUGUGAUUGAGCUGGAGAGGUGGAUUGAUUUGUUCACAGAGGAGCUGCCUCCACUCACCAACUUCAUACUUCCUUCAGGAGGGAAAAGCAGCGCAGCUUUACAUGUGGCCAGAGCAGUGUGUCGACGGGCUGAACGCUGUGUUGCCCCUGCUGUUCGUUCGGGUGAGACAGAUCCUGAAGUUGCCAAAUAUCUGAACAGAUUGAGUGACUACUUGUUCACGGUGGCUAGAUAUGCUGCAAUGAAAGAGGGCAAGGGAGAAACAAUCUACAAAAGACCUGAAUAGUAUAUCAGUAUAUCGUCUAGAAUUUGAACCAUGUUACUCUUGCUUCCAAAUCCAUUUCAUAUGUCUAAAUACAAAAACACUGGUCAGGCAAUUUGUCCCAGAGUACACUGUACAUUUUUGUUUUCAGAAGACUGUAGGGAACAAUAAACAUUUAGGGAACAGUCAUAUUCUAAUUGAGACUUGAAACUUUGUAUUAUAUUCAUGAUCCCAUAUUUUAUCGUUAUGUGAAGUAAAAACAAAAAAGAGGAUUUUUAGGAUUUCGGGGUUUUUUUUUUUUCAU